AUGAGUCGCAAAAAGAUGAUUAGGAAACCAGCCGCUUCCCGUAGUAGGAAUAUGACUUACCCUUUUGAUUGUGUGCAGAUGGCUAAUCGCGGGACAGGUGAUGAUGGACGAGGUCGGAUAUGGGGAGAGGGUAUGGAUUGGACAUGCGGAGGAUUGGGUUACAGAUCAGAUCAGGAGGAUGGAAAUGGCAUCAGUGAGAUGUUUGGACACGAUAGGACCCCUCUGCAGAGAACAAGAUCUUUUCCUGUGUACGGUAACAGGACUAGAGUGAGGGAAGACAGUUUGGCGAGUAUUGGCCCAAGUCGUAAUUGGGACCGGAGACAUCAACAUGAUCAAUCCGUUCAAUCACACCCAAGGCCAGAUCAGAACCGUGCCACUGAAGGACCACAAGAUCAAGGAGCGGAAAACACCUUGAAGCUUUUACAUGACGUGAUGACCGAGGCACUUGGUAACCAAGGCAGGCGUACUCAACCCCCUGAAGUUUCCAAGCUAUUAUCUACCAUGAAGAACAUUGGAUCCUACAAGUUCAAAGGAGGAUCCGAUCCUAUUGAAGCCGGCAAGUGGAUUACUAUGAUGGAGAAGAACUUUGAGGCUAUGGAGUGUCCGGAGGAGUAUCAGAAGAAGAUCGCGGUGUACUAUUUGGAAGGCGACGCAACAGGAUGGUGGGACAGUAUAGACAGGCAGCGUGGACACACCAUCACAUCAUGGGAAUCGUUCAAGGGAGAGUUUGAGAGGAAAUAUUUUCCUCCAGAAGCAAAGCAUCGGUUGGAGCGCCAAUUCAUGAACCUUGUUCAAGGAGAUAGGCCAGUGAGGAGUUACGAAUCUGAGUUCACAAGGUUGAGGCGACAUGUUUUUGAUGGGCGUGAAGAUGAAGCAACUAUGAUCCGUAACUUUAUGUACGGAUUGAAGCCGGAGCUUGGAAGUCGUUUAGCUGGAAGCAACUUUAGCAGCUUAUCGGAUCUGGUAGAAAAGGCUGUUAAUGUUGAGACUGUAUUGGAGGCUGAAAGGAAGACCUUACCACAUUCUGGUGGACACACCAAGUUUAGCCAAGGAGAAAGGCCAAAUUUCAACAAGGGUCCAAGAUCUUACAAAGAAAAGGGCGAGGACUUGGAGGCCAAGCCAACAAUCGUGCGGAAUAACCCAUGGAGUAACCAGCAGGGUUAUUCAUCGCUGAGGAUGGAAGAUGUUACUUGUUUCUUCUGUGGAAGGAAGGGCCAUUAUGCAUCGUCAUGUCCAAACAAGCCAAUCCCUGCGACCCCUCUCGCGAUCCGAGCUCCUCCUAGCCGUCCAGCUAUUGAGCCAGCACCAAAGAAACAAAACCUAGGAGGUAGAGUUUAUGCCUUAGGGGUAGAAAACCCAGACAAUGCAGGACCGUCAAGCGGUCCCAUCACAGGAACCAUACAUGUUGCUGGUAAACCCACACAUGUAUUGUUCGACUCGGGGGCAACACAUAGUUUUGUGACCCCUGAAGUAGCUGCCCGGUUUUGGGAUUGUUUUGUGGUUGACAGGAUAAACGUGGCCGUCUUGACCCCCGCAGACCGAACCCUUCAAGCAGAUCAGUGUAUCAAGAAUGUUCCAUUGGUCAUUCAAGGCAAAGAGUUUGUGGCAGAUUUGUUAGUCGUGCCUUUGAAAGGGUACGAAGUAAUCCUUGGAAUGGAUUGGUUAUCGGGCUACAGAGUUCAGAUCGACUGUGGAAAAGGAAGGUUGUUGUUUGGCAGAGGCAAACGACCAGAGAUGGUGUACUAUGGAAUCAGUCCUAGUAUGACCGUGUCUUUGGUAGCAGCAAUGAGAGUACAAGAUGUGUUUCAAGAUGGGGAAGUAUAUUUGGUGACCUUAUCGGUUAGUGGAGGAGCCACUAAUGAUGAAGUUAAGGUCGAAGACAUAGAAGUGGUCCAAGAGUUCGAGGAUAUCUUUGCACCACUAAAGGAAUUACCUCCACCUCGGAGUAAUCCCUUUACGAUCAAUUUGGAGCCUGAAGCAAAACCUAUAGCUAAGGCACCAUAUCGGAUGGCACCUGCGGAGUUGGCUGAACUAAAGAAGCAAUUGGAAGAUCUAUUGGAAAAGGGAUUCAUUCGGUCGAGCUCUUCACCUUGGGGAGCUCCUGUGCUAUUUGUGAAGAAAAAGGACGGAAGCAUGAGGUUGUGUAUCGAUUAUCGUGGUAUCAACAACAUCACGAUAAAAGAUAAGUAUCCUCUUCCGAGGAUAGACGAGUUGUUAGACCAACUAAAGGGAGCUAGUUGGUUUUCGAAGAUUGAUUUGGCAUCAGGGUAUCACCAAAUUCCUAUUGCCAAGUCAGACAUUAUGAAGACGGCGUUUCGGACGAGGUAUGGGCAGUACGAGUUUGUAGUUAUGCCCUUUGGUCUCACGAACGCACCUGCGGCUUUCAUGCGUUUGAUGAAUGAAGUGUUUCACGACUAUCUCGACAAGUUCGUGAUCAUUUUCAUUGAUGACAUCCUGGUGUACUCGAGAAGUAAGGAGGAGCACAAAGAGCAUCUGAGACUGGUUAUGGAAAGGUUACGGAAUCAGAAGCUAUUUGCCAAGUUCAGCAAGUGCUCGUUUUGGAAGAGAGAGAUAGGAUUUCUGGGUCACAUAGUAUCAGGAGAGGGCGUUGCUGCUGAUCCAGAAAAGGUCCAAGCCAUACGGGAAUGGCCUCGACCUACCACUGUGACGGAAGUAAGGAGUUUUCUCGGACUUGCGGGCUAUUAUCGGAAGUUUGUUAAGGACUUUUCCUCCAUUGCAAAGCCUUUAACUAAACUUACCGGUAAAGGAGUUCCUUUCUUAUGGGUGGAAGAAACCGAGAAGGCUUUCAAGAAGUUGAAGGAAGCUCUCACGACCGCACCUGUGUUAGCUUUGCCCGAGCAAGGUAAACCUUACACGGUUUACACGGAUGCUUCACGAGUUGGGUUAGGUUGUGUUCUUAUGCAAGAUGGGCGAGUCAUCGCGUAUGCCUCACGACAACUACGGAAGCAUGAGGAUAACUACAGUACACAUGACUUGGAGUUAGCGGCUGUAGUGUUCGCUUUGCGAAUUUGGAGAUCUUACUUGUAUGGAGAAGAAGUAGAGGUAUACACGGACCAUCAAAGUCUUAAAUACCUCUUCACUCAGCCAGAUCUCAACCUGCGCCAGCGUAGGUGGAUGGAGUUUGUGGCAGACUACGAUAUAAGGAUUCGCUACCAUCCUGGUAAAGCGAAUGUUGUUGCGGACGCCUUAAGUCGAAGAAAGUUGGACGCAGAUUUGCAGAAAGAAGUGGAGCUAUUGAACCAAGAGUUGAAACAAGUGAAGUUGGUCGUUUUGGAAGGGCAAGCGAGCGAGCCAUUGGGACUUCAAGCGGUGAAUCAGGCCAGCUUGAUUCAGAGAAUUCGAGAAGAACAAAUUAAGGAUGAGAAGCUACUGAAGAUUGCUGAAGAACUCAAAGGACAAGCCGGGCCAAAUAAUGCUGGAUACUACUUGGCGGAGGAUGGAACCUUGCUAAUUAAUGGGAGGAUCACGGUUCCUAAAGGACAAGGGCUGAGAGAUGAGAUACUAAGGAUUGCACACCAUUCUUUACUUAGUAUCCAUCCUGGAAGUUCAAAAUGUACCGAGACAUAA